AUCAGCAGUGGCUCGCACCUCGAAACAUGAGUACAGACUUAAUUUCCAACCACGAAGUAUUGCUACCGAAUGUACUUCCGACAAAAUUCCAGUGCAUGGACUUUGGGUUGAGUACUUUUGCUGAUAUUUUGCAAGCAGACACGAGCUACCCUUACUUAGUUGACACUAUGGGCAUCCUUACAGCUGUGGGCAAGCAAACGGAGAUAGUAAAGGAGUCCAAAAGGACAAAUAUGAUUGUGAUCAAGUUCGAAGCAGAAUGGAUGACAUUGGAUAUCACACUAUUUGGGGGAUACGUUGAGAAGUUUAAAAGCUUCUUUGAACAACAGCCAUUGGAACAUCCCAUAAUUGUGAUACAGUGUGUGGAAGUGAAACUGUUUCAGGAAUGUCAUGUACGGAACGCGUCUCCUAUUAAAUCCAGAGAUAGAACAAGCGAUUGCAUUUACACAGAGGUCUCUUAGCGUGACAUCUCAACGUCAGCCCAUUAUGUUGUCGUGUGAUGACAUUUCAAAUGUGCAACAUAGUGAAUGCAGAUCUCUUUAACAUGUUAUAAAUUCGUUUACACUUAAAACAACCCCUAUUAAACUUGAUCCGAAAUUGGAUAAUAAAUAGCUAAAAGCAUUUAUAAAUAUGCCCCUGAUUAUUAUUUUUGAAUAUAAUCUUAUUUAAUCACGUAUUUAUUGUAAUGUACUAAUCAAUUGCUAAAGGGGAU